GGGCAGAGCUGUGCCAGGAAAGCCAUCAGCAGCUCAUCAGUGGGACUUGCAUACUCCCUCUCUGCUCAGUCCGAGUCUGGAUAUUUUCAGUUUCUGAUUGGGGGCACAGAGAGGUAGGAUUCUGGAGAGCUACCCCUGAUUUUCUGGUGGCUGUUCAAAGCCUCCAUUGGCAAAGCUGGCUCGUCCCCUCCCUUCCUUCUCAGAGAGCACAAGUAAGACAGAGGAGAUGUGUCCACCUGUCUCUAUGGGAGAGUAGUGAGGAGGUCUGUGGGUUUGAGUCUUGGCUCUGCCAUUCCCCAGCUGGCGGAGGGCAAGUGAUUUUUCUCUCUGCCUCCAUUUCCUUAUCUGUACUGACCUCGUAGGGUUGUUAUGAGGAUGUAUUUUCUACUCUUGCUUAACAAACUUUGCAGCUUAAAGCUUCAUCUGUUGGUUGUCUCAUGGUUAUGUGUCAGAAAUGCAGACUCAGCUGGGUUCUCUGCUCAGGGUCUCUCAAAGCUGAGAUCGACCUGUUGGCCAGCUUUGCUCUUAUCUGGAGGCUCUUGGGAAGAAUCUGCUUUCAAGCUUAUUCAGGUUGCUGGCAGGAUCCAGCUCUUUGCAGUGGUAGAACCAAGGUCCCCAUUUCGUUGCUGGCUAUGAGUCAGGACUGCCCUGUAUCUUACGGUUCUCACACUUGAGACUUUAAUUGUAUCUGCAAAACCCCUUCACAGCAGCACCUAGAAGAGUGUUUGAAUGACCAGAGACAGGAAUCUUGGAUGGCUGUCUUUAGAAUCCUGCCUGCCUGCCACCGAGGAUUAAAUGAGAAAUGUAUGGAGAACCCUCAGAACCAGGCCUGGCAUGUGGCAAGUGCCACACAAGCUUAACCAAGUGUUCCCAAGGGCUCCCUGCCACAGACCUGGCUCCGGGGCUGGACACUGUGGACGGCAGGCACUGGUCCUCUAAGACGGCCCGUCUGGACCCUGCCCAGGAGGCUGCCAUGGCAUUCCCCCACCUGCAGCAGCCCAGCUUCCUACUGGCUAGCCUGAAAGCCGACUCUAUAAGUAAACCCUUUGCACAGCGGUGCCAAGACUUGGUUAAAGUCAUCGAGGACUUUCCAGCAAAGGAGCUGCACGCCAUCUUCCCGUGGCUGGUCGAGAGCAUUUUUGGCAGCUUGGACGGCGUCCUGGCUGGGUGGAACCUCCGCUGCUUGCAGGGCCGCGUGAGCCCUGUGGAGUACAGUAUCGCCAUGGAAUUCCUAGACCCCGGGGGCCCAAUGAUGAAGUUGGUUUAUAAACUUCAAGCUGAAGACUAUAAAUUUGACUUUCCUGUCUCUUACCUGCCUGACCCUGUGAAGGCGUCCAUCCAGGAGCGCGUGCUCCCCGACAGCCCUCUGUACCACAACAAGGUCCAGCUCCCCGCAGCCGGGGGCCUUGGCCUGCACCUGGCCCUCAAUCCAUUCGAGUAUUACAUGUUCUUCUUUGCCUUGAGCCUCAUCACUCAAAAGCCGCCCCCCGGGGCCCUCCACAUCCGCACUUCAGACUGCGCCUACUUCAUCCUGGUGGACAGGUACCUGGCGUGGUUCCUGCCCACAGAAGGCAGCGUGCUCCCCCCUCUCUCCUCCAGCCCGGGGGGGCCCAGCCCCUCACCGGCUCCCAGGACGCCAGCCGUGCCUUUUGCAUCCUACGGCCUGCACCACACCAGCCUCCUGAAGCGACACAUCUCUCAUCAGACGUCUGUGAAUGCAGACCCCACCUCCCACGAGAUCUGGAGGUCGGAGACGCUACUCCAGGUUUUUGUUGAAAUGUGGCUUCAUCAUUAUUCUUUGGAGAUGUACCAAAAAAUGCAGUCCCCUCACGCCAAGCUGGAGGUCCUGCACUACCGUCUCAGUGUCUGCAGCGCCCUCCACAGCCCUGCCCAACCCAGCCUCCAGGCCCUCCACGCCCACCAAGAGUCCUUCAUGCCCACCGAGGAGCAUGUGCUGGUGGUGCGGCUGCUGCUGAAGCACCUGCACGCCUUCGCCAACAGCCUGCGGCCCGAGCAGGCCUCGCCCUCUGCGCACUCCCACGCCGCCAGCCCCCUGGAGGAGUUCAAACGGGCCGCCAUCCCGAGGUUUGUCCAGCAGAAGCUCUACCUCUUUCUGCAGCACUGCUUUGGCCACUGGCCCCUGGACGCGUCGUUCAGAGCUGUCCUGGAGAUGUGGCUGAGCUACCUGCAGCCCUGGAGGUACGCGCCUGAGAAGCAGGCCCCAAGCAGCGACUGCCAGGCCCGGAGUGUGUCAGAGAGAUGGGCGCCCUUCGUGCAAGAGAACCUGCUUGUGUACACCAAGCUCUUCCUCGGCUUCCUGAGCCGCGCACUGCGCACGGACCUUGUCAGCCCCAAGAACGCACUCAUGGUGUUCCGCGUGGCCAAGGUCUUCGCGCAGCCAAACCUGGCUGAGAUGAUCCAGCGGGGCGAGCAGCUGUUUCUGGAGCCCGAGCUGGUCAUCCCCCACCGCCAGCACAGGCUCUUCACGGUGCCCACGUUCACUGGCAGCUUCCUGUCGUCAUGGCCACCAGCCAUCACCGACGCCUCCUUCAAGGUGAAGAGCCACGUGUACAGCCUGGAGGGCCAGGACUGCAAGUACACCCCAAUGUUCGGGCCCGAGAUCCGGGCACUGGUCUUGCGUCUGGCUCAGCUUAUCACACAGGCCAAGCAGACGGCCAAGUCCCUCUCUGACCAGUAUGGGGAGAGCACGGCCGCCCGUCCCUUCCUGUCGUGGCUGGGCUUCUACCCCGCGGACACCAAUGGCUCCUACCCGGGCAAUGACCUGGAUGAGAUGGGGCAGGACAGCGUCCGCAAGACGGACGAGUACCUGGAGAAGGCCCUGGAGUACCUGUGCCAAGUGUUCCGGCUCAGCGAGGCCCAGCUCGCCCAGCUCACACUCGCCCUGGGGACCACGCAGGAUGAGAACGGGAAGAAGCAGCUCCCAGACUGCAUCGUGGGGGAGGACGGACUCAUCCUCACACCCCUGGGCCGGUAUCAGAUCAUCAACGGGCUUCGGCGCUUUGACAUCGAGUACCAAGGAGACUCGGAGCUGCAGCCCAUCCGGAGCUACGAGAUUGCCAGCCUGGUCCGAGUGCUCUUCCGACUGUCCUCCGCCAUCAACCGCAGGUUCGCAGGUCAGAUGGCGGCCCUGUGUUCACGGGCCGACUUCCUCGGCAGCUUCUGUCGCUACCACCUCCUGGAGCCUGGGCUGUCGGACAGGCGCCUGCUGAGCCCCGUGGGGCGGGGGCAUGCGGCCAGCCUUGCCCGGGGCCCCCGGCUCAGCCUGCGCUUCCUGGGCAGCUACCGGACGCUGCUGGCCCUGCUGCUGGCCUUCUUCGUGGCCUCUCUGUUCUGCAUCGGGCCUCUGCUCUGUGCCCUGCUCCUCGUGCUGGGCUAUGUCCUCUACGCCGUGGCCAUGACACUGCUAACCGAGCAGGGCAAGCUGCACCAGCUCUGACUGCAGGCCGGCCACCACCCCCAGGCACCAGGGAGGCCACUCUGCACCCAACACCUGUCACCUUCGUGCUUCCAGGGGGCGUUUUCUUGCAGCCCUGGAACCAUCUGAAGAGAAC